GGCCGGCCCGCUCUACCCUGCGCCCUCUAAGGAGGACCCACCCUACACCCCCUGUGCCCCGACGGAGGGGAUGGUGAGAGUCCUGCCCUGCUUUCCCCGUGUACUCGGCUCCCCAAACGGAGGGUCUCAUCCUGGGCCCCGUGCACCCACCAAACCGUCCAGCGGUCCCUGCUACCCACAGGAAGGCUUAUCUUGCACCCCCCAACCCUGCACACCUCACUCCCGUCCCUUCCCUCCCCACCCCCACCGAGGGAGGCCUGUCCUGCGCCCCGCGCCCUGGGGCGGGCCCUUGCUGGCCACCGUGCGCUAGCCUCUCAGCGCUCCGGGGAGCGUCAGGACAGAGGCGGGGUGGGGCGCGGUUAAAAAGCGCCGCAGGUGGGGGGCAGCCGACUGCAGGUUGCAGACACCGGCCAGUCCGCCCAACCCGCUGCCGCGAGGGCGCAGCUACGCCCGGAGCCCCGGAGCCCGGAUCCGCGCCCGGACCCACAGUGCUGCGAGCAGGACAUUAAAUCAGGUUGCUGAGAGAGAGUGAGGCUCCGUUUUGCAAUAGUGUGGGUCUUUCACUGCAAUUCCUGAGUGUUGAUAUCUGCUGGAAGGGAAGGCUAUCACUGCCUGGUUACGAGGGAGAACAAGUGAAGGCUAUGACUCUCUUUUGGAAGAGGAUCUUUCCAUAGGAAUAAACCAACACAAUGGAUUGGGGUACCCUGCACACUUUCAUCGGGGGUGUGAACAAACACUCCACCAGCAUUGGGAAGGUGUGGAUCACCGUCAUCUUCAUCUUUCGUGUCAUGAUCCUUGUGGUGGCUGCUCAGGAAGUGUGGGGAGAUGAGCAGGAAGACUUUGUCUGCAACACUCUGCAACCAGGGUGCAAAAAUGUGUGCUAUGACCACUUUUUCCCAGUGUCCCACAUCCGGCUCUGGGCUCUGCAACUCAUCUUUGUCUCCACCCCUGCCCUACUUGUGGCAAUGCACGUUGCCUACUACCGACAUGAGGCUGCCCGCAAAUUCAGACGAGGAGAGAAGAGAAAUGAAUUCAAAGACUUGGAAGACAUUAAGAAGCAGAAGGUUCGGAUUGAGGGAGCCCUGUGGUGGACGUACACCAGCAGCAUCUUUUUCCGAAUCAUCUUUGAAGCCUCCUUUAUGUACGUGUUUUACUUCCUGUACAACGGGUACCACCUGCCCUGGGUAUUGAAGUGUGGGAUUGAUCCUUGCCCCAACCUCGUGGACUGCUUUAUCUCUAGACCAACGGAGAAAACUGUGUUCACCAUUUUUAUGAUCUCUGCCUCUGUGAUUUGCAUGCUACUCAAUGUGGCGGAGUUGUGCUACCUUCUGCUGAAAGUGUGUUUCAGAUCAAAAAAAGCCCAGACACAAAGAAACCACCCCAAUCACGCCCUAAAGGAGAGUAAGCAAAAUGAAAUGAAUGAGCUGAUUUCAGAUAGUGGUCAAAAUAUAACUAGUGGUUUUCCCAGUUAGACAUGUCAAAGUGCAAUGUAGCCAGAUCCUAACAAAAUUGGUGUCUGCUCCUAAGGACCCUCUCUCUAAGCUAGAGACUUUGUCUUUAUAAAUAUCUUUCAUAAUAGAUAGAUCCUGGACUUAAUGUCUUAUAGAAUAAUUUUGCCACUAAUAUACAGCAUGAUCACAUAUGUGGUCAUCUCUGAAAACUAAGACAAGUUGACAGCUGUGCCUUGAAGUUCCUUUCACAUGUCUUUUAAAUGGACCAUCUGACAUAGUGGGUAUUUCUUGAGAAUUUAAGAUUGUCACUCUUUUGAAAAAGAAUGUUUAUCUAGAAAUUGAAACUUUUAUUAGUAAAAGAUAUUUUUAUAGGGUUGAAUGUUUUAGUCCUGACUUUAAAUUUAUAUAUUUUUAUAAUGACCAGUCUUCCUUACCUGGAAAAACAUACAAUGUUAGUUUUAGAAUUAUAUAAUCAGAAUCUAAAUUUUGAAAUUACUGUAUCUUGUUGUAAAUAGUGUUUUGCAUUAUAUAUUGACAAGUUUAUGAACUAUCUUGAUGCUUUGCAGGUGGAAAGUGUUCAUUGUACAAUAUGUUUCAUGGCUUUCUGAAUGUAGACAGAACUGUAUGGAAAUGGGAAGCUUUUUAAAACCAGCCCAUUUGCAGGAGUUGUGAGCUCCCCUCAAUAAAGAUGAGCCCCACUGUUUAAGCCUU